GUUUUUUGCUCCUCUCACUUCUCUUGAAGGAUGAGGUCCCUGAAACAUCUCAAACAUCACACCAGGAGUAAUGUGGAAGAGCAGGAAGUUCCUCUGGUUCGCUGCUAUUCUAAAGUGAUGGAGCAUGCAGUGGAUGUCGGCACUCAGACUGACCCAGUGGUGGUCCUGUCCCUGGCCCAGGCUGCUGUGCUGGGACUCAUAUCACAGAAUGAAAUCUUUGGAGCCACAAUUGCCCCAAACGGUUUCUACACGGGAGAGGGACGUGAAGGCCCUGCUCCUCCUGCAGACUCCAUGGAGUAUGAAUAUGCAGAUCAGCUAAUUGGAGCCAAUGGAGACUAUCUAUCCAAGCCUCACGGGGAGAACAGGAGGCCAGAAGGUCUCUACGGAGCAGAACGCAGGCGUCCAGGGCCCCGAGGGAGGAUCAAGAGGCCCUUGAGUAAAGGAGAACCAGAGGAGUCCACAGAGAUUUCUCCGGACACACAGAGUCAGGUGAAAGGAGAGAGGCCUGAGUUCUCUAGCCCAUGUUAUCUCUCGAAUCCCCAGGAAACUGACAAUGAGCCAGAAGUGUUGGACCUAACACCUCAAAGAGUGCCAAUGAAAGAAGAGCAGUGUAACAAAGGCUACCCUGAGCCCUCGAGGGAGCCAGCCAGCCAACAGGUUGACUCUGACACUCAGACGCAAGCCCACCAAAGCCCUGUGGGGCAUGGAAAAGCUUUGGUGGAAUCCUCUGUGGAAGGACGGGGAAAGGAGGAACAACAGGAAGAAGAGGAGGAGGAAGUGGAGGAGAGAGCACUGAACCUGAAAACCACAGAGGAGGACGUGAGCCCAGCAAUGAGGCGCUACUAUGAGUCCAGUGUGACAGCAUAUGAGGCUGCUGAGAUGGGCCUACCGGGAGACUAUGAGGAGGGUGGCCAGACCAUGAUGUGGACGGAGGGGGAGAACUCCUUGGGUAGACGGAUGCAGAUCGACCGACUAGAUAUCAACGUGCAAAUCGACGAAUCAUACUGUGUGGAUGUGGGUGAAGGCCUGAAACGCUGGAAGUGCCGCAUGUGCGAGAAGUCCUACACUUCGAAGUACAACUUGGUUACGCACAUCCUUGGUCACAAUGGCAUCAAACCACAUGAGUGUCUGCAUUGUGGAAAGCUCUUCAAGCAGCCCAGCCACCUUCAGACGCAUCUGCUAACGCACCAGGGGACGCGGCCACACAAGUGCACCGUCUGCAAGAAGGCCUUUACCCAGACGAGUCACCUUAAACGGCACAUGUUGCAGCAUAGCGACGUCAAGCCUUACAGCUGCCGCUUCUGUGGCCGAGGAUUUGCCUACCCCAGUGAGCUACGUACUCAUGAGACCAAGCACGAGAGCGGCCACUGUCAUGUCUGCACGCAGUGUGGCAUGGAGUUCCCCACUCACGCCCACCUCAAGCGCCACCACAUCAGCCACCAGGGCCCGACGACUUUUCAGUGCACCGAAUGUCAUAAGUCCUUCGCCUACCGUAGCCAGCUCCAGAACCAUCUGAUGAAGCACCAGAAUGUGCGUCCCUAUGUCUGCUCGGAGUGCGGCAUGGAGUUCGUGCAGAUCCACCACCUGAAGCAGCACAUGCUUACACACAAGGGUAUGAAGGAAUACAAAUGUGAUGUUUGUUCUCGCGAGUUCACUCUGUCCGCCAACCUGAAGCGACAUAUGCUGAUUCACACCAGUGUGCGCCCUUUCCAGUGCCACGUCUGCUUCAAGACCUUUGUUCAGAAGCAGACGCUUAAAACACACAUGAUUGUCCACUUGCCUGUGAAACCUUUCAAGUGCAAGGUGUGCGGGAAGUCCUUCAACAGAAUGUAUAACCUGCUGGGUCACAUGCACCUUCAUGCCGGUAGCAAACCCUUCAAGUGUCCUUACUGCACCAGCAAGUUCAAUUUGAAGGGCAACUUGAGUCGACACAUGAAGGUGAAACAUGGAAUCCUGGACACCUCAACCGAAGCACAAGAUGCCCUGCCUCAUGCGGUGGGUCAGGAAGAUUACGAGGAAGAGAGCUAUGAUUACAGUGAAAGGGAGAAUCUAGCCAGCAACAACGCACAAGAUUUGGCGAAACUCGCCAAAAUUAGCUACUACAACUACACUAAGGUUGCUGCUCGCUACAACACAACUUAAACAGCUGACUGAGACAC